AACUUUAUGGCUUGGUUUCUACUGCAUUUCCUCUCGGAGUAAAAAGCAUUUACUCUUUGUCACAAGAAAUUCGCUCCGCAUCAGGUCGUUUUUUCACGAUCACGGAUUCUCUCGUUCUCCUUGAGGUUUUUUGCUCGACCAGCGCUGGAAGUUUACGCAAUUUGAAGCUACAGUGCACCUGCGGGAGGAGUUUCAAUCCGGUUUCUGAUAUUUUGGACUGAAGAAUCAUGAAUCCUCAGCUUGUGGAGAUUCAUCCUCGUGAACUUAAGUUCAUCUUUGAGGAAAAAAAGCAGAGUUCGUGCAUUGUUCAUCUUGCCAAUGUCACCGAUCACUAUGUUGCUUUCAAGGUGAAGACUACAUCACCGAAGAAGUACUGCGUGCGACCCAAUGUAGGCAUUGUCAAGCCAAAAUCAACUUGUGAUUUUAUAGUUAUAAUGCAAGCGCAGAAAUCGGCUCCAUCGGAGACACAAUGCAAGGAUAAGUUCCUGGUUCAGACAACUGUUGUCGCAUUCGGUACAACAGAAGCCGAGAUUACACCUAGCAUGUUCUCGAAAGAUAGCCAGAAGCACAUUGAGGAGACCAAGCUCCGGGUUGCUCUUACGACUACACCCAAGCCUCCAGCAGAGCCACCUGCUGAUGUAAUUUUGGAACAAGAGAAAGAAACCUCUUUGCCGAAACUACCCCCUCAUUCAUCUGUUUUGCUGCCUGUGAACGGCGUUACGAGUCCAGAAUCAUCCAAUGAAAUGUCGACGCCAAAAGAAGGCGUCGAAAAUUUACCUCCCCACCAGGCACUCAAACAAAUGGGACGAACCACAGAUAAUGUCAGCAACAUCGAAAUAGAGUCGAGAUCACCAAAGGUCAUGGACAACACCUCUCUCCCAGGAAAAGACGAGAAAAUGAAGCAGCAGGUGAAAGAUGUAGAAGAAGCCAAGUUGAAACUAACACUAGAUAUCGAGGAAUUGAGGUCAAAGAUUACCACCAUGGAUGCCAAGCUGGUCGAGGCACAAGGCACAAUUAAUAAGCUAAAAGAAGAAAAGAGCAGCAUCAUUCGCGAGAAGUACUCGCUAGAACGAGACUUGGCAAUGUCGAGAACGGAUGCUAGAAAAGUUCAAGUAGGCUUUCCCCCUUUAUUCGUGUGCCUCGUCGCUCUGGUUAGUUUGCUGUUCGGAUUCUGGUUUCGAGCUUAGUAUAUACUAAUUCAUUCAACUACUAUAUAUACACACAUGUUUCUGUAUCUAUACAUACAUACAGCAUGCGCUUACGCCUGUUAGUAGAAGAAAAGAGAACCCAAGUUUUACUGAA